GAAGAUCAAAAUUCAGCCAUGGACAUAAACAUGGACGACUUGAAUGUGAAUCGCCAUGUGUUACGAUCUUCUGCUCGAACCUCAGAGGCUGUUCCAAAGUGCAGUGCCGCAUAUUCCAAGUCAUGACGCCUACAACGCCACCGUCUCUUUUGCAAUCCCUCCCAAACGUACCUCGUCUUCUCUCCCAGCAAUACGCUGCCGACUUCCAUAUGCAGGUGGAUUCUACAGGGUCUCAGACACAUUUAACACCAAUACCCAGCGAUGAUGAAUACAGCGAAUUCGGCGCUGACCCAGAAGAACUCGAGUUGAUCGAGCACUUACUUCAAGAGGCAGCCAGAACGCCACCAAUUACGCAUCAAAAUCCCUCUCUGGUGGUCAUAGACAUUGAAGAUUAUGAAGCACCGCGAGGUGUACACUUGCCUAAGGUGCCUAGCCUCGAAGCAACGCAACAAUGGAAUCUUCAGUCUCAAUUCGCGAAUCGAGAACCGCCUGAAGCCCGCGCUACUGAGGCAAUGCGCAACCAGGAUCCUGAAGCCAGACCACCCAGUGCUGAUGAAGACGUCACCAAACCAGACGCCGACGAUAUCGCGGCAGUUUCUCCGCCCAUAGAUGCCUCAGACCCUGUACCUCCUGAUACCCGGCCGCCGAUUGAAAGAUUUCGCAAACCUCCCAAGAAAGCAUUAUCGGUGACAGAUUUGGUCUCUCCUGCCUGGUGCGAACUGCAAUACUUCUACGUGCUGAGCAAGCAUGGCCGCAAGAGGAGAACUCCAGCAAUGAAACAAGGGAGUAAAGUCCACAAGGUCCUCGAGGAAGAAGUCCACGUCACAGUUCCGGUGACAAUCACCAAGAAAGAAGACAGCUGGGGUUUGAGGAUCUGGAAUAUCAUCCAAGGUUUGAGGACAUUGCGAGAAACGGGCAAAACUCGAGAAUUUGAAGUCUGGGGCACCGUCGGUGGCGAACUUGUCAAUGGAAUCAUUGAUGAGUUGAGCUACAACUGUCCUGAUCCCAAACUCGAAGAGCAAAGCCUUUCCAUGCUGAGCAAAUCAGAGGUCCAACCUCCAGUCCCGGAAUAUCAAGCCACUAUUCGCGACUACCUCAUCUCCAGUACGCACUCUGCGCAAGGUCAGGGUCAGAGUAUCACAGACGCUCUCACUGGGAAAAACAUAAAAACAGAGACACCUAGCAAUGGUCUAGGGACUUACAAAUCCGACAGACGUAUAUACAUCAGCGACGUCAAAACACGUGGCGUGUUAUCCUUACCCACCGGCUCGAGCAUUCGUCCGACCAUCGUCCAACUACAUAUCUACCACUACAUGCUGGAGAACAUGGCCCAAGGCAAUUUUACACUUGACGUACUCUCAGACCGGUACAACUUCGAUGUGAAUGAACCAUUUUCAGACGAAUUCAUUGCUCAAAUCGGCAAUCUCAAUCAGGGGCCAUUCGACCUGGGCCUUUCACAAGAACCCAGCAAUGACGAUGACGAGAUGGAGAUUGACGACAAAGACGAAAUAGUCCCUUCGACGCAAGACACUAUCGACAUUCUGCUCCAAAACAACAACGUAACCAGCCUAUGGAACCUCAUGCUCGACCAACUACGACAGACAUUCAUCGUAUCUUCCUCACCCAGACCGAAUGACACCCAUCAAGGACACGACAUAACCAGCUCAACAGCAGAUAACGAAACCCUCGGCCCAACAUCCACACCAAGCCUUUCUCAAACCCUCACCCUGACCUCCCUCCCUCCCCUUCCCACGCGCCUCUCACCUGUUCUAACAGCCAAUUACAUCUCCUCACACGUAACCGACCCUUCUGAUCCAAGCAAACCACGCGUCAUUGGCUCCAAAUCCAUCAUUUUCAAUCCCUCAUUCUUGAAGAAUUACUUGUAUGAUGCGCUUGCCUUCUGGCGCGGCGAAAGACAGCCUAAGGGGGUUACAUUAAGUGAGACGUGGAAGUGUCGCGUGUGCGAGUUUCGUGAUGGCUGUGAAUGGUUAAAGGAGCAGGAUGAUCGAGUUUUGCAGGAGAGUUUGGAGAGGAAGAGGUUGAGGAAUGAGGCUGAUGAGGCACAAGGUGGAAAUGGGGAUGAGGUUAGGAGGAGUCGAGUUUGAUGAUAGAUGGUACUAAGAUACUAACAUCUGGAGUUUCUUGAUGGUCUAUAAGUAUGAAGCAUACAAUAGCGGGGCGGAUGGGGUUCUGUUUGGGUGAUAUUCAGACAAUGGCAUUGGAGGAUCUUUGAAAGCGAAGGGAAAUCAAUGAUGACUUUGAGUGCCUUUUGGGACAUGAAGGAAAUGACAAAUACAGGAUUUGUUGAGCUUAGUACUUCAAUAUGGAAGAUUCCCAUUCUUGCAUAAAUGUCAUGAGAUGCAUUCUUUAAUCAA